AUGUCUCCGUCUUCGAAGAAGAACCUCUAUACUUCAAUAAAUUGUGAUGACUUGGGGUCAGAGUCGGAGAGAGAAUUUGGUCUCUGCCGUUUGUUAGGUGGUUGCGAAGUGCCAGUCACCCUCACUAUCGUGUGGACCGGGGCCUCGCUGGCGCUCCUUAUCGUUGGGGGGAUUCUGGGUCGUAGAUUCACUGUCGGAUAUGCCAGCAAGGGCAACUGGCGGGAGUUUGGAGAGAUCUCUGGCUAUGGUUCUGAGAGAGUGGAGGUAGGAAGGAACGGGAACCCUUACAGGCGUCGGAGGCUAUGCUUUGAUGCAGUCAAGGGCCACAGCGCCUGGGACACCAGGACAAAAACGGAUUAUGGCAGGCCUUGGUGUUGUUUUCAUCAUUGCUGGAAUUACCAGAUGGUUCAAAAAUCCACUCGAGCCAUCGGUUAA